AUGAAGCUUUUGACAGAAGAACAAUUCGCCGCACACGCAGCUGCCUCCAGACGGGGUGCCAUCGAAGGGGCUCUCGCCAGUGGUACCGUAGCACUCGCCGGCUCAUAUUGGGCACAACGCAACCUGCCUGUAUACCGCCGCCUACCUCUGUCAUUGAAGACCCUUGGUGUCAUCAUCCUUGUUGCACCAGUCCUAUCCAUCCAGGCCGAGCGACGUGGACUCGAGUAUGACCGCUCCCAAUGGGUGGACGAGGGUUCUCGUCUUGUCGACGAAAAGGAAAUGCAGGAGGCGAGGCGAUGGGAUUCCUUGUCUCUCAAGGACAAGAUUGGCGACUGGUCUUUCCGUCAUCAAUAUAGUUUGAUCAUGGGUGGCUGGGCAGGAAGUUUGGGUGUCGCUGCUGCUAUUAUCUCUCGUAAUAAAUAUCAAACAUAUGCCCAAAAAAUUGUCCAGGCUCGUAUGUGGGCUCAAGGACUCACCAUCGGUCUCUUGAUCGUAGCUGGUGCCCUGACGCACAACAGCCGCGCUGCUAAGAAUAGCCAAAUAGACCAUUCGUGGAGAGACAUGCUUGAACAACAAGAACGCGAUCGUAAGGAGGAAGCUGCCCUCGCUGCUCGCAUGAGCCGAACUUCGCCCGUCCCGGCAUAA